AUGGAUCGUUCUUACUCUCCAGAAUCGCUUGAGCGAAUGUCAAGUCCAGAAUGGGGCCUCGACGACGACUCGCCACCGCCUGCGCCCAAAGUCGUCGAGACGCGCGUGAAGUCAGAGUCCGCUGCUCCCUUGCACCCGACGAGCAUAGACGCUGAAAACGGCUCAACCGCCCAGGAAAGCAUCUUCGUCUCAGACGACGACGUCAAAGAGGUGACGCCCGUGAAGCGCCAGCCCACCAAAGUCCAGACGAUCCCCGAUUCAUCAGAAGACGAUGAACCCAUCGCCUCCACACGUCAGCGCCACAAUCUCCGCUCGUCAGCGCGCAAGCCCACCAAGCCGUCACCAAAGAAGUCCCCCAAAGAGACUGCCGAGAAACCCAGUCCCCUACCCACUAGACCACGACCCAUCCUGAAGAACGACCUGGUCGCCAAAAAAGCCGUGAUCAAAAGCAUCGAAAGCUACUGGGGCAAGAACUGGGUCAAGACCCACAUCCCCAAAUGCCACCGCCCCCUAUACAAAAACGGCUCCAAACGAAACUACAACCGCGCCCACGAGAACGACCCCAUGAAAUGGCUUCCCUUGGUCCUCAAAUCCAUCCUCAUGGUCGCCAAGCUCACCAAGAACCGAAAGUGGCUUGCGGCUACCAUGAACGAAGUGGUCCGCUACCGGGUCAAGAACACCGGGAACCGGAAGCCACAGCUUUGCAGCACGGACUUUGAUGUCAUGGAGGAUAUGUUGGUCAAAGACUGGGAGGUGGAGUAUGCGUUUGGGGUCUGGUAUAAGCAUUUGCUUGUUAAGGCCAAGGAGAUCCAGACUGAGGAGGAUGUGGAUAGGAUUAUGAAAGUUAGUGAGGAGGAGGAGGAUGGGGAGGAGGGUAGUGGUGGUGGUCAGGACAGUUCUGGGGGGUCUGAUUCGGAGUCGGAUGACGAUGGGAAGCGGAAGUUCGGCGGAGGUGCUUCAGACGGUCACCGGGUCAUGGGUGGUCACCACCAGUCCCCUUCAUCAACUCUUCGCGGCAAGAAGCACAAGACACCCAAGAAAGAAGCCGUCAAGGAGGAGUCGCCGCCACCCCCUCAACCUCCGCCGCCUGGUGUGUAUGGUGGCUGGUACGGCCAGCCUCCCCUUGACCCGUGGGGUCGUCCGAUGACGAUGCCUCCGCAGGGUGGUGGGUUCAGUGGUUAUGGUGGUUACCCAGGCUUCAACGGCUACGGCUAUCCACCGUACGGCCAACCCCCGUUUCCGAACCAAGGCCGCCAACCAUCUCAUCCAUCUCCAUUCCCGCCUUUCUCUCGCCAACCACCACCAAUGGCCCAUCCACCCGGUAACCCAAAUCCUGCGCGCGCAGGUCGCGACACCCCCACGAUCAAGCGAGAGUCACCCGGCCUUGAUGGCGAGCAGGCUGAAAAUGUUGGCGAACCAGGAGUUUUCGAUCACGAAGGAGCCAUGGUAGAGGACGUUGAGAUGGCGCAAGAUGAAGAAAGCGUCAGUGCGGCGAUGGCCGUCGCUACGGCAGAGCUAAAGCUUGCCCGUCUUCGUCAGUUGAAGGCGAGCAUGACGAAGAAGUAG